AAGUCAUUUGAUGAAAAGUUUAUUCGAAUGGACACAAAGAGGCUCUGUGAGUUGACAUCUGCCGUUGACAGCCUUCAGUUGAAGCCUUUAGUUGAUCUAACUAGUCGUGCUCUUGCACGAAUUAUUGAAGGGAAACCCCUGAGGAGAUACGUGAGAUUUUUCAUUUGCCUGAUGAUCUUACUGAGGAAGAGAAGUUAGAGCCUUUAAAAAACACAACUGAUGACC